UGAUGCACCGCGCCUUCAACGGCUUCAGUCAUUCAAGCAACUCAGCUCUGGUGUUCAGGAGAGCGUCUGUUCUGUUAGGCCAUCUGGGUUCGGGUAACCUGUGUCCUGAACCGGACCGGUCCCUGAACGUGGGUCUUUACGUUCUCAUUUCGAGCUGAACUUCCCCGCCCAUGCUUCAGGAAUCACCGGCCGUUGACGGGAAGCGAGCGUUUGGGCGGCAGAAGUGGUGCUGUCAGCGAUAUAACAGCAGAAAGCCUUAAAUACACAGACAUAAACCAACCGGAAAGAGAACGGUGGGAAUUUAAGCAUACUUUAAACGCAACUUGAUGGAUUUAGAGACCGGAAGCAACGAACUGGGAGCAAUGGGAGAUUCGCUGCAGCCGCAGACCCCCAGUCGCCACGAGAAAAGUCUGGGACUGCUCACGACUAAAUUUGUGACUCUGCUGCAGGAAGCGAAGGACGGAGUGCUGGAUCUCAAAGCUGCUGCAGAUACUUUGGCUGUAAGGCAGAAACGGCGCAUCUAUGACAUCACCAAUGUUUUGGAAGGCAUUGGACUCAUCGAGAAGAAAUCCAAGAACAGCAUCCAGUGGAAGGGUGUUGGUCCGGGUUGUAACACGCGUGAAAUUGCAGACAAGCUGAUAGACCUCAAGUUGGAAUUGGAGGAUCUUGACAAGAGGGAACAUGAACUGGACCAGCAGAGAGUUUGGGUUCAGCAGAGCAUCAAGAACGUGACAGACGACUCUCUAAAUAGCCCUCUGGCGUAUGUAACGCAUCAAGACCUCUGCAAUUGCUUCAAAGGUGACACUCUUUUAGCAAUCAGAGCUCCUUCAGGAACACAGCUGGAGGUUCCUGUGCCUGAAUCUCAUGUUAAUGGACAAAAGAAGUACCAGAUUCACCUGAAGAGUUCUGCAGGCCCCAUCGAGGUCCUGCUGGUGAAUAAGGACCCCUCUAGUUCUUCUCCAGUGGUGCUGCCCGUGCCUCCGCCUGACGACAUGCUUCAGAGCCUGUCCACCCCAGCUUCAACUACCUCUGCUGCUGUUGCACCCACCAAACCGGCAGCCAACAGUACGCCCACCUCCACCUGCCAGAGUCCCAGCACCACCACUGCCGCCGCCGUCCCUCCCAACACAACCACUGCCUCUGCUGCUGGGGCAGCUACAGACAUUUCAAGCACCUCCACUUCAGAUACAACAGCCAAUCCGACAUCAACAGACACGCAGCAGCUUCAGUCUUCUGCGUCAUUGGACAGCAGCUCUUCACUUCCUGAUUCCUCAACCCUUUUUGAACCAAUCAAAACAGACCCUUCAGAUCUGCUGGAUCUCCCCAAAGAACUUUCAGAAAUGUUUGACCCUAAAGAAAUUAUGAGUACAGAUUUGCUCGAGGAGCUGAUGUCAUCAGAAGUUUUCUCUCCGCUCCUCCGUCUAUCCCCUCCUCCGGGUGACCAUGACUACAUCUAUAACCUGGAUGAGACGGAGGGCCUUUGUGACCUCUUUGACGUUCCCAUUGCCAACCUUUGACCUCCAAACACACCCGUACAAUGAGAGUAGUGUACUUAAAAGAGCUUUCUUUUUUCAUGUACCCUUUUGAAAGGAGAGAAAAAAAGAAAGUGUGGCUCUGUGUCAGAUCCAUAUGUAUGAUAAGCUGAUUCUGUGUGUAUAUAAAGCUUUUUUUAUAUGUGUAUAUUUACUCCAACCCCAAAGCGGCUGACUGAAAAUGAACGUCCCCUGCUAAAUUUAACUGAUCCAAUGACGACAUCAGACAUCCAUACAAACCAUUUUUGUUAAUUAGUCCCAAACUAAUUGUUUUUAUACUACUUUUGUAUAGACAUGGAGGGAAUGUCAUGACUAAAUUCACCAGCAGAGGUUAAUGGUUCAAUGAAAAUACCAGCUAGAUGUUUCUUUUUAAAUGGUCUUCCUCUUCUAAAGUAGCACCUUUUCCUCCCUCUCGUUCAGUGUAUUUACUGAUUUACUUUAUUACUGAUCUGGACACGACUAUUAUACAGAUUGUUAAUGAAACGGUGUAUUACUUGUGUGAUUAUGCUUUUUAAGAAAGCAUUCUUACAUUUUGAAGCGAUUCUGCCAGUAGGAAGAAGUUUGUUCUCAUCUUGCAGCUCUCGGAAACACCGUGCGGAAGUAAUUAAGUUAGACUAAUAACGUAGUGGGGAAGAUUGCAUUGCAGAAUAGCGUGUUUUGUGUGGAAUUGAUACAGUUUGGUGCUACAUGGCGAAAUCUAUCGGCGUCGGUUCUCAGAAAAAGUGAAGGAACAUACUUAAAGGGUUGGAUGAACCAUUCCUGCUUUGUCUGUUUCAGCUGUGCUUUUUUAAUACUAUGUGUCUCGCUCACAAAAUGACGAAAGCUCAUUUUCAUCAGAAUUAAAAAUAAAAAGUUAAUUGCAACUUU